AUGAACAUCUCACGCACACGCCACAGAGAAGAAGGCGGGGAGGCCAGGGGGGAGGGGAGGAAGGGAGAGGGGGCGGGCCACGAAAAGGCGAGGGGACUCACAGUGCAGCCAGAGCGUGUCACGCAACAACAAAACAACACCACCACACACACGCAAGACAAGGCACACCCCACACACUACACACACCCAGAGAAACAUAGGCACGACACAACACAGGAAUAAGGCACGUACGAGAACACAUACAAGGCGUUCUUAGAGAGUGGUGCUCGUUUUAAUGGGUGAUCUCAUAGGUAUUCCUGGGUUGUAUAAAAUGAGUCUCCGGUGAUGCCUUUUGGGUGACCUACACAACCCAACGUCCUGGAAAUAAGUGCCCCGGGACUCUAUUGUUCAACUAUUCAUGGAACACCCAGAACACAAAGUAUAUGUGGUAUUUUCAGAGAUAGAUGUCUCAGAAGAUCAUGUUCCUCUAAUGUCCUUAGCAAAGGCUCUUUUGUUUACCAUGACCUCAAAGAUGCUCUACCAAUUAGUAAAUUAAUACUCACGUCACGUGUCACACUUUUAAAAAUACCCUUCCCCUGUCUUUUUAGUGUGUGCGUACACUUUUUAAAAUACUAUUACCUUGUCUUUUGGUGUGUGUGUGUGUGUGGGGUGUGUGUGGUGUGGUGUGUGUGUGUGUGGUGUGUGUGUGGUGUGUGUGUUGUGGUGUGUGUGUGGUGUGCCUGUGUGGCACAUGUCCAGUAGGGUUGGACACUGUUCAAUGACUGGUUGAUUCUGGUCAUGUGAUUGUAUGAUGUGCAAUGAGGGUCAAAUGAGCACAUGUUCACGUGCAUUCCUUGAUGAUUCUGUGGUGAAUUGUGAAUGUGUGUGUGUGUACUAUGUUUUGUAUGUGGGGCCCAGAUUAGGAAGUACCGGGGUGGGUAAUACGUUCAUUCAUGAUUCUGGUUGGUGAAUGGGUGUGUGUGUGUGUCUGUGUGGUGUGUUCUGAACCCUUUAAGAGGAGGGACGGUCAGGGGACAGAGGCUAUAAGUAUUGUACUCAGUGUUCCACAGAGACAAAGGAUGCAUUCCUGGCCACUGCCACUAUGAGGGAUGACCAUGUUGAUGUUCACCUUGGUUAUUCUAGGGUGUUUGGGGUUCCAAGGGGUGAUGCCCUCUGACUCUAGGGCGUACAGAAUAUCCAUGACCCAAUGUCAACGGCGGACAGACGACCAGACAGCGACAGCCCCCUCUGGUAAGCAUAACCCCACACCCAAAAUGACCUCUAAAGCAGUAGUGUUGCCUAUGGAGGCUUGAUAAAAAGAAGUCAAAUAUAGGAACUUAAUGUCAAAAUUAGAUAAUAAAGUAGAGCUACUAAUAGAUUGAUAAUUGAUAGUUUAUAUUAUUGGUUAUUUAAUUAUUAUUUCCAUAGUAAACUUUAUUUAAAUCAACUAUUAUUUGCUAACUAAUUGCAGCUCACAGGCUGCAUCUACACAGGUAGACUAAGUCUUGACAAUUGAGCUGAUCUGACUGGUCAAAAGACCAAUUAGUGGAAAUAUCAUCUGAAUAAAAGCAGAGAAAACAGGAUAACAUGUAGCCUAAAACACCACUAAUAGCAAUAACAUAUUAGAUACAAUGAAAAUCACUUAAAAAGACCCACUAAAUAAAAGCCUAAGUUAAAAGGUUCGUUUUGAGCUGCCUUUGUUGAUAGAUUAUCUGCGUCUAAUGUCUUCAGGGCAUUACAGAGUUUUGGUGCAGCUCUAGGCCUGUGUAUUUAUUACCAAAUCAUAAUAUUUUGGUUUAUUAAAACAGGGUGGCACAAUGUUUCUACUAAUUGAAUUGAACGGUGCAUUUUUGUUCUGAUUAGCCAUCAGUCUGACAUUCAUUCACACCAUGAACACUCCUCCUUCUAGGGAGUUUUUUCCUAGCCACUGCGCUUCUGCUUCUGCAUUGCUUGCUCUUUGGGGUUUUAGGCUGGGAAUCUGUAAAGCACUUUGUGACAACUGCUGAUGUAAAAAUAGUUUUAUAAAAUACAUUUUAUUUGAUUAAUAUUAUGAUUAUAUAAUUUCCGAGUAAAUAUCAGGUUAAAAAAUAUCUGCUAAAAUGGGUAUGCAAUGCAAAUGCUCUAUUGAUUUGAUAUGACGAUCAAGUUGUAGCCUUCUUUACCAGUUAACGAAUAGUCAUCAAUAAUAUUCAUUUUUGUGUGAUUAUAUCUAGAUUUUAUACACACACAAAAUAACAUGAGGGAAAGAGGGAAUAUUUCAUGUUUUUUUCCCUGCCCCUUUGCUUUUCAGACAAGCAAUGAAAUACCACGGAGUCUCGAGGUGAAUGAUUUCAAUAUCAACGUAGUGCCGACCAGCGGCAAAGUCAUUUUAGCACCAACCAUUGUCCGACUCUACCCGCCGCCUGUCCAAAACGUCACACCUUCACGCCAACCUCCCGCUGCGCUUCGGCCGGGACUCCCUACCCGAUGACACCCACUCACCCAAAUCCACCCUCAAUUUACCGCAAACGGUUUGGAAGAGCACAGGGGUCUGGCGCAACGGAACCGACGUCGUGUAUUGAGUGUCCCCAUGUCGGGACAGUGCCCUCCGCCACCCUGCCACAGAGGUUCGUCGGGAAAGAGUUCUACCGCCGGUAUCCUUUCCGAGCCAUGGCCUUUUUCUCACGCAGGUCCGAACCCGUGCCAAAUGGAAACAUUAGGUAA